ACCCCCGGCCCGGAGCUGCCCACCAUCGAGGAAGCUCUCCAGAUCAUCCACAGUUCCGAACGGCUUCUCCCUGAAGGAGCCCCCGACGCUUUCUAUCUCCACUCGCCGGACCCCCCCGUAGAUAUUGGGGACCCCCCUGGACCCCCCAACCUCCGCCAGCCCCCCGUUUCCACCGCCGACCCUCCGGCCCCCUCGGGCCGUACCAUGACCAGCUUUGCUGAACGGAAGAAGAAGCUGGAAGAAGCCGCCGGCGUCGGGGGGGGAGGCGGGGGUACCGUCGCUGGCGGAUCCCCCCAGAUUUUGGGGGGCCCCCCGGGGGGUCACCCUGAAGCCGGUGAAGGUUUGAGCGCCGAAAUGAGCCAGCUGGGUGCUCGCUUGGAGGAGAAACGCCGCGCCAUCGAGGCGCAGAAGAAGAGGAUCGAAGCCAUCUUCGCCAAGCACCGCCAGCGCUUGGGCAAGAGCGCCUUCCUCCAGCUGAAGCGCGGGGGCGAGGAAGAGGAGGACGAAGAGGAAGAAGAAGGUUCCGGCAGCAAGAAACAAGUCACCUUCGCGCCCCCGGAACCCCCCGGGCAUUACGAGGCGGCGGUGGCCAAGCUGAGCACGGCGUUGAGCACCCUCCAGUUGGACAUGCAACGCUUGAGUCAACAACAGCAACGGCUCCUGCAGGACCAACGUCCUCCCGCUGGCCAAGCUUGGGUCAUCCCUGUCCCCAAGGGGGGGCGAGGGACAGCGGCCGCCGCCACCCCCCCGCCACCGCCACCACCCAAAGCGCCCGCUUCCCCUUCGCCGUCUCGGAAGGCGGGGGUCCCGCCGGCCCGUAAACCCCCCCGGAGCCCCCGGCGGGCUCGGCCGGCCGAGUUGAGGUUGCCCACCCUGACACGGGUGUUGACCCCUCCCCACGAUGUGGACACAUUGCCCCAUCUCCGAAAGUUCUCCCCCAGCCAGGUGCCUGUCCAGACCCGUUCCUCCAUCCACUUCUCCGAGGAGGAAGAAGAGGACGAAGAAGAUGAAGGACCUUUGGCCGGACCGCCCCCCCCCGAUUCGCCCGACCCCCCUGAGAUGGAGGCGAGGGGCAACCUGCGCCCCGCGGGGACAACCCGGGUGUCGGGCGAUGGCACCAGCGACGUCUCGUCGCCGGGAGUGGUUGGGUGCGUCAACAAACCCCAGAAGAACCGUGUCCUCAAGGAAGUGGAGAAGAGCAAAGCCAACCAUUUCCUCAUCCUCUUCCGCGAUGGCAGCUGCCAGUUCCGGGCUCUUUACACGCUGGGGGGGGGCCCCCCCGAGCUGAGCCGCUUGGCGGGGGUGGGCCCCCGCACCGUCCCCCUCCCCAUGGUGGAAGGGAUUUACAAGUACAACUCGGACCGCAAACGCUUCACCCAAAUCCCAGCCAAGACCAUGUCCAUGAGUGUCGAUGCCUUCACCAUCCCCGGACACCUCUGGCAGCCCCGUAAGCCCGGAACCCCUAAAAAACCCAGCACCCCCAAGUGA